UCCGCGACCAAAACACACACGGAAAAGGAGGCGCGGUGUGUUUGGACGCGUGGACUUGCCCAGAGAAAGAUUCGAUUCCUCGUUCACAAGUAAAAGAAGGCUCGACUGUAAGAUACAAGGUGAGACAUUUUUGUGGCGCUCUCUGACUCGUAGCUACAGUAAGAUCCGCGGAGAGAGCGCGAAGUGGAUGACGAAAUAGCUUGGGUGGGCAUUAAAUGGAAACAUCUCUCUUUCCUCGAAGGAUUCGCCGCCCUUGGAAAUGUCGGACUUUUCAGACUUGGACAGGCAAAUUGAGCAGCUUCGUCGCUGUGAGAUCAUAAAGGAGUCGGAGGUAAAGGCCCUCUGUGCCAAAGCUAGGGAGAUUCUAAUAGAGGAGAGUAAUGUACAAAGAGUGGACCCACCAGUGACUGUGUGUGGCGAUAUUCACGGUCAGUUCUAUGACUUGAAGGAACUCUUCAAGGUGGGAGGGGAUGUGCCUGACACAAACUACCUCUUUCUGGGCGACUUUGUUGACCGAGGAUUCUACAGCGUGGAGACCUUUCUUCUACUCCUGGCCCUCAAGGUGCGAUAUCCGGACAGAAUAACUCUGAUACGAGGCAACCACGAAAGUCGGCAGAUCACGCAGGUGUAUGGGUUCUACGACGAGUGUAGGAGGAAAUAUGGCUCAGUCAACGUGUGGCGCUACUGCACAGAGAUCUUUGACUACCUCAGUCUGUCGGCCAUCAUUGACAACCAGAUAUUCUGUGUUCACGGAGGUCUCUCACCUUCCAUCACAACACUGGACCAGAUCCGCUCCAUUGAUAGGAAACAAGAGUCCCACACGACGGGCCAAUGUGUGAUCUCCUCUGGUCUGAUCCUGAAGACAUUGAUGACUGGGGAGUGAGUCCGAGAGGGGCUGGGUUUCUAUUUGGCAGUGAGGUAGUGGCACAGUUCAACGCGACCAACAACAUAAAGAUGAUCUGUCGAGCUCACCAGCUGGUGAUGGAAGGCUACAAGUGGCACUUUUCGGAAACGGUUCUCACCGUGUGGUCUGCCCCCAACUACUGCUACAGGUGUGGCAACGUGGCUGCCAUUUUCGAACUUGACGAAAACCUCAGUAGAAGUUAUACCAUGUUUGAAGCAGCCCCAAUUGAGGUGAGGGGCGAACCAACAAAGAAACCAGUACCAGAGUAUUUCUUAUGAGGGGCCUUUCUCUAAUUAUUCCACACCAUAAUAUAUACAACAACACCCUGUGUAAAUAUUGUACAGCUCCUUUGUGUGUGUGUGUGUGUGUGUGUUUUUGUGUACACAUUUUAAAAACCUUUUUGCCUUGCUACAUUGUACAAGUCAUCACGUGAGUAACGUUGGUAGAUGUUCGGUGAGAACGGAGAGGGAG